AUGAAAAGGUCACCGUCGACUUUUGAACAUCGCAAGAGAAUGCCCUAUCGUGAAAGAAGAAUUACCGGAAUGCAAUGGAAUUGCAAAGGAGAGGCGUGCAUGGGUAUCACAAGCAAAGAAAGGGAUAUGGGCCCAAACUACAUUCGACCCUCGAACUUCAAUCUGGUGCCGACCUGGAUACACAAUAACAGGCACUUGUAUCCAUAUUUCAAGGAUUGCAUUGACGCAAUUGAUCGCACAAUUAUACCAGCAUGGGUUCCCCGUGGACAUCAGGGGGCUUACAGAUGCAGAAAAGGACAUGUAGCCCAAAACGUCAUGGUCGCAGGUGAUUUCGGCCUCAACUUCACCUUUGUGUGGGCAGGAUGGGAAGAAAAGAAUGAGACACCAGCGCACUUCUUGCAACCCGAUUAUGUUCCACAACGUCAUGCGGAUGAUUUGACGAUGCCCUUCAUGAAUAUAUUGGAUACCACAAUGGAGGGCGAAGAGGAACAAUGUGCGAUGAGUGAUAGAAUUGCGACAGCUCUAUGGGAGGACCACGUGAGCCGCGGUCGUUAG